GUUUAGAGUGGCAAUGGAACCUGUAGCUCGUGAAUUGAAUUGAAAUUAGUUUCUUUGAAGCUGUGUGUAAUGGAGAACACUGCUUUCAAAACCGUUUCAUUCGAGCCAGGAAAAUUCCGCCGCAACAUUCUUCAAAGAAACUAUCUCUGAAGUGGAAAAAACUAGCCAUGGAUGAGCUCAAACGAAAGCUUGCACUGCUUGAGGAGCAGAACAAAGCGUGGCGGGCUCAACAGAACGAAAUCGAGAAGAGAUUCCAGCUGGAUUAUCAACGUAAAUUAGCGAAAUUGAACGAAGACUACGAGACAGCUGUAAAGGAAAUUGAUGUGAAAUAUUGUGCACGAAGGGAAGUGAUAAUCGCGCAAUAUAAUAGACCGAACAUUCGUGAUCAAUCGGUAAACAAAGUACAGCAAAUUUCUCAUAGCGAAAAAACGAAACCAAACGAUGAAUUUGUCAGUGCAUUAUGUUUGGAUGUCGUAGUUGUCCAUCGUAAAGUGUCUUUGAGUGUCGCACAUAACGAUAUGGAUGGAUUAGAGACGGCUACGCAUGAAACUAUAUCAAUCGACUUGGCACACACAAAUAAUACUGUGCACCUACGAAUCGAGCAAAAACAGAAUGCCAUUGAAUCUAAACGCGUAGGUAAAGCGCUACAAAACGGUAGUAAUGAUGCGGGGUCAACUGGUCAUCGUACAAACUCGGUUAAAUGCGUCAUUGUGGAAACCGUCGUGCAGAAAAACAUCAGAAAGGAAUUCUUAUACUCAGCAGUCAUGGAUAAUGUGGCGGGCGCUCCGAUGCUAAGCGGUUUGUUUUACGUAUUGGAGGAAAAUGUGAGAGAAAAUUUUGAGCGAUUGGCGAAAACAAGGGUUUUCGAUCCAGGCGGAACUGACAAGUGGAUAAUUUUUGAGAAGGUGAAGUUCAGAAAUUCGAAAUAGGCCAGUUUUGUUACUAGUUUCACGGGUGGGAGUGUUGAGUGGAGUAUGACAUGUGUUGUGAAACUAGCAACACUGGCGUUUAUAUGUAUGCAAAUGCUUUCAUACUUAUGCUAUUAAAUUUGUUAGAAUAGUUUAGAGUGGCAAUGGAACCUGUAGCUCGUGAAUUGAAUUGAAAUUAGUUUGUAAGUUAGUUCAUAAAUAUCAUAAGUUUAAUAAUUAUUAUUCGAUAAUAAAUUUCAGCUUUGAAGCUGUGUG